UCCAAGUGUUUCAUGCUAAGGCGUCGAAGAUAUUGUCAUUAACGAAUACAGACAAUAACGUCUUAAUAUGGCAGACUUUCAAUGCAUUAUUUGUCAUAAGAUGCAUCAUCAAAUAUCUAACAGAAACUGUAUCCGAAUACCAAAUGCUACAACACUUUGAAGCUUCAGGUAAACUGAAGACUCAGAAACAAGUAGAUAAUCAUGUAGAUAACAAUGUCAAUGCAAAUGUUAUUGUUGACAAACAAACGCAAGAUACUAGCACGCAGAUCAAUGGUGUGUCUAAAGAAAAUAAUAAAGGAUUUAGCAAACGCAUUGAAUCAUUUGUUGAAGACUUGAUUAAUAUAAUAGCCAUAGUUCCUACAAGAGAUAUUACCUAUGCUUUACAUUUGGAAGCUGUUAAUUGUGCCUUAAUUCUUCUGACAAAUAAUGUUUUUUCAAAUCAGAAGACUGAAGACUCCGUGAUAUACAAAACUGUUAUGCAAGGUGUGUGUUGUGUUAAAGCUGCCCCAUUGACGAGAGCCUUAUUGCAACAUAUAAGUCAUUGCACAAAGGCACCACCUUCGAUGUUUGGAAACGCAGGCGGAGGAUCUUUUGUAUUAGAUCUCUGGUCUUUACUGACUUUUUCAAAAUCGAGAUCACAAACAACGCAAGCAUUAAAUUCUGAUUCUCCUGAAGCAUUAGCAGAAAACUUUCGAGAGACAACACCAUUAGCAAAUCACAGUCUGUUGUUAUUGCUCGUGUUGACUAACCAUUGUACAACUCAGAAGAACGUGUAUAGAGAUUGCUUGUUUAGUUGUGUUGACACUAAUGAUCCUAGUAAUAAUGACUCAAUAAGCUUUCGUGUCGACUUCUUACCAUUGUUCAACACUUUGUGCAACAUUGUGUGCCUGGAUCAAGCAACGCUUUUGUUGUAUUUAUUGCUGCAUAAAAAUCAAAAUUUUAAAAAGUUUGUUCUGACGAAUCAAAAUCUAGACCUGUUGGUUGUUCCAAUAUUGAGGACUUUGUACAACGCCCCAAAUAGUACAUCCCAUCACAUAUACAUGUCUUUGAUUAUUUUAUUGAUGUUGAGCGAAGAUGAUGGUUUUAAUAAAAGUGUACACCAAAUGCAAUUAAAAUCUAUUCCCUGGUACACGGAAAGAAGCAUGACUGAAAUAUCUUUAGGCGGUUUAUUGAUUCUUGUAAUCAUUCGGACUAUACAAUACAAUAUGAUUAAAAUGAGGGAUAAAUAUCUGCAUACGAAUUGUCUUGCUGCUCUAGCUAAUAUGUCAGGAAUUAAAAUAAAUACAGAGAUUGUGGCGGAAUCUUCGAAGUUCACAAAGACAUCGAGGUUCAGGAAAUUACCACGUGAUUUAAUUCCGAACCAUAUGCAGAGUAUGAAGUGUUCCCUAACAAUGGGGGAGGAAUUGCUGACAUCGUCCCCUGCCGUUCCGCACGCCCCGCACCUGAGAUCGGCCCCAAGUGGAGCCGACAUCAGGGGCGGCGACUUGGUGAGCAGAUUGCUGGCGGCCACGCCCCCCUAUCUGUACUCCGCCCCCGCCGGGGCUCAUUCUUAUUUCUUCAGCGAGAUGCUGAGGAGCCUCGUCAGGGCUCGAGAGACACAGAGGAGUGCAAGCAUGGCGACUCGUCGUACAAGAAAACGUUCCUGGAUGCCUCCGACAUCAGCACAACACCACAACACAAAUUCAGUCCCCGAAACCGAUCGUUUCUCCAAAAAACCUUCAACAAUACGUUCUCCAGAUCGUCCUUUAGAGCUCACAACAAAUAUAAAACCACAACACGAAUCUACACCAUCACAAAAUCAUUUAACGAAACACACCACCGAAAACAUAUUAAGAAACUCAACAAGUAGCGAAGGAGCUGUCAAAGUGACGGAGAAUCAGGAGCACCAACAGACAGAUUUGAUUUUGCCGCCGCCGCCUCCAAUGUGGUAUCCACCGUUGUAUCCUCCUCCUUACGGGGUAAUAGACCCUUUGCACUUUUUUAUAGAUUUACGUGUAAGUGGACACGUUUACGACCGCAAUAAAAAAGAACAGGAACAAAAAUUAGCAAAUGUUUCAACUUAUUCCAAGAUGGCUUCCGAUGCUAACAAUUUCGCGGUUGGUAGACACGGCUCGGCGUUCUCUGUUCCUUUACCGCGAAACAAUAACAAUUCAAAUUUAAAUUCAAAUUCAAAAGGCGCCGUGAAUUUAUCCAACGACAAAAACUUGUACAAAAAACCCGAUAAUGGUUGUAAUACUAAUUACGUUUUGCAAAAUUUACCCAGAAUUUAUAAUGAUAUUUCAACCGAGCGUAAAGAUGCAACGAUUUCUGUCGAUGACGAUGAUGAUGAGGAGCAAAAUGGUGAUAGUGAGAAUGAAAAUGAUAAAAGUAAAGAUGAGGAGCAGAAAAAGAAAGAUUUGAGGGCUUUGAUUGGAUUGGAACUGGUUGUGGAUUAUGUUAAGAAAAAAGAGGAUGAUCGCAAGCCUAAUUUGGAUGAGGUUGAAGAAAUUCCUGAUUAG